CUUCUUGUUAUUGCUGGGGGAAACUGAAAGUUGAAAUAAAAGAAAUCUUGGUGGUGUCAGUGAAGGUGACACGGCAGCCAGUUCUCUGCUCCUUUCCCAGAGCGCGUACUGAGAAGAAAGUUGUCGACGAAGAACAGAGGAGCUGAUCUAAAACAAAAUGACCACAGAGGAGAAAAGAUACGACCGCAAUGACACGACUCUGAAGUUUGUCAACAGACCAGAUGAUCUGGAUCCACUACCCCCAGAGGAAGGAGACUUGAAUCUCCGAGCAGAGAUGUCCUGCGGUCAUGCCGUCACCCCGGAGUCUCUCACUGGGUGGUGUCGCAGCCUGCUGGAUCAGGGCCAGCACAAAUUUAGGUGCCCUGCUUUAAAGGACGACACCCUGCAGAAGUGUGAUGCAGAGUGGUCUUACCAAGAGGUGCGCAGGCUGGCACUGCUGACAGCUAAAGAGAUGCAGGACUUUGAAGAGAAAAUCGCCCGCCUUGCUGCCACCGAAUACUGUGACUUCAAAACAUGUCCUGGCUGCAAAACCUAUGUGGAAAGAGAAGACCCAAGUGACCUCAGCGUGCAGUGCACAAUCUGCACAGCAGACAAGGGGAAGGUAUACCAGUUCUGCUGGCAAUGUUUAAAGGAGUGGAAAGGUGCAUCUCCACGCUCUGACCGCUGCGACAACGACGGCUGCAUCAACCACGACCUGGAGCUACUUAAGAACUGCAAGACCACCGCCCUCCCUCAGGUAGAGGGGGUCGACGCAUGUCCCUCCAUCCGGGCCUGUCCCACCUGUGGUCAGAGAGUGGAGCAUGACAGAACGGGCUGUAAGAACAUAAUCUGUCCUCGCUGUCAGGUCGAGUUCUGCUUCGUGUGCCUGAAACUCACUCCUGAGUGCCUGAGGACGAGCUCUUACUUCAUCCCCUGCAGUGACGGUGUGGCUCCCAGACAAACCUCCAUACCUGUGUGGCGCAGAAAAUAAGAGUUGCCACAUAUUCAUUAUUACUGCUUUCUUUUGUCACAUUGUUCUGUUUGUUUGAUUUUAAUGUUCUAUUUUCAGUUGUUUUUUUUGCAACUGAAGCCAAAAGUGUAGACUUAUAGGCUUAUUUGUACAUUCCAUAGUGAGCAUUAAAAUAUCUGAUGCAUAUUCUCAUAAUGUAUAAUGCUUUACUUGUAAUGUUGCCACUGAAGGUGUUUACUGUUCAUAGUACAUCAUUAAUAACUGCAUCACUUAAUAAAGUUUCUCUUUACAUUAA